UUCAUCCAGAGAGAUGGCUGUGCACCGUAUUCUCGCUCUCCUGUUCCUGAUUAUCGUUCCACAGCUUGUUGUGGAGGGCUGCUGGCCGAGCAAAAUUGAAAAGCGCCCGUUGUCUCGGUGCGAGCAGGAGCGUGCAGACGCCCAGGCCGGUCGAGGGAAGACCUUUGUGAAGCAGUGCGCCCCUGACGGGACUUACAGCACCGUACAGUGCGCCUGGAAAGGGGAUUUCUGCUUCUGCGCGCACCCCUACACCGGCGUGCUGUUCCCGGAGACCAGGUUGCGGGGACGGCCGUUCGGCUGCGACGACUACUACAUACUGAGGGAAGACGAACGCACUCCCUGUGAGAAACAGAGGGACUCCGACAACCCCACGGUGCUGCCCGGAGGUUUCAUCAAAGAGUGCGAGGCGGAUGGAUCCUUCAAGUUAGAGCAGUGCACCGCCGAAGGGGAGUGUUACUGCGUGAACUCCGAGACCGGCGAGCUGUUCGGGCGGGCGGGCGGCCACGGGACGGUCACCUGUGAAGAGGUGGAGGCUAUGCACCUGGCAGGGGAAAACUGGAGCCAAAGAGGCUAAUG